AGGCUGUGCGCUCACGUUACUUCCGGCGGCUCUUCAGCGUGAGCGCGUGAACCGCUGCCUGCUACCUGGCCAUGGCGCUUCACGUCCCCAAGGCCCCGGGCUUUGCCCAGAUGCUCAAGGAGGGAGCGAAACAUUUUUCAGGAUUAGAAGAGGCUGUGUUUAGAAACAUACAAGCUUGCAAGGAGCUUGCCCAGACCACUCGUACAGCAUAUGGACCAAAUGGAAUGAACAAAAUGGUUAUCAACCACCUGGAGAAGUUGUUUGUGACAAAUGAUGCAGCAACUAUUUUAAGAGAGCUCGAAGUACAACAUCCUGCUGCAAAAAUGAUCGUAAUGGCCUCUCAUAUGCAAGAGCAAGAGGUUGGAGAUGGCACAAACUUUGUUCUGGUGUUCGCUGGAGCUCUUGUGGAAUUGGCUGAAGAACUUCUGAGGAUUGGCCUGUCAGUUUCAGAGGUUAUAGAAGGUUAUGAAAUAGCAUGCAGAAAAGCCCAUGAAAUUCUUCCCGAAUUGGUAUGUUGUUCUGCAAAAAACCUUCGGGAUGUUGAGGAGGUGUCAGCUGUACUUCGUACCCCCAUAAUGAGUAAACAGUAUGGUAAUGAAGCGUUUCUAGCCAAGCUCAUUGCUCAGGCAUGUGUAUCUAUUUUUCCUGACUCCGGCCAUUUUAAUGUUGAUAACAUCAGAGUUUGUAAAAUUCUGGGCUCUGGUGUCUUUUCCUCUUCGGUAUUACAUGGCAUGGUUUUUAAGAAGGAAACUGAAGGUGACAUAACAUCUGUCAAGGAUGCAAAAAUUGCAGUGUACUCAUGUCCUUUUGAUGGCAUGAUAACAGAAACUAAGGGAACAGUAUUGAUAAAGACAGCUGAAGAACUGAUGAAUUUUAGUAAAGGAGAAGAAAAUCUCAUGGAUGCACAAGUCAAAGCUAUUGCUGAUACCGGUGCAAAUGUCAUCGUAACAGGAGGCAAAGUGGCGGACAUGGCUCUUCAUUAUGCGAACAAAUACAAUAUCAUGUUGGUGAGGCUCAACUCAAAAUGGGAUCUUAGAAGACUAUGUAAAACAGUUGGUGCUACAGCUCUUCCUAGAUUGACUCCUCCCGUCCUUGAAGAAAUGGGACACUGUGACAGCGUUUACCUCUCAGAAGUUGGAGACACACAGGUGGUGGUUUUUAAGCAUGAAAAAGAAGAUGGUGCCAUUUCUACUAUCGUACUUCGAGGUUCUACUGACAAUCUGAUGGAUGAUAUAGAAAGGGCAGUAGACGAUGGUGUUAACACUUUCAAAGUUCUCACAAGGGAUAAACGCCUUGUACCUGGAGGUGGCGCAACAGAAAUUGAAUUGGCUAAACAGAUCACAUCAUAUGGAGAGACCUGUCCUGGACUUGAACAAUAUGCUAUUAAGAAGUUUGCUGAGGCUUUUGAAGCCAUCCCACGGGCACUGGCAGAGAACUCUGGAGUUAAGGCCAAUGAAGUAAUCUCUAAACUUUAUGCAGUGCAUCAAGAAGGAAAUAAAAAUGUUGGAUUAGAUAUUGAGGCUGAAGUUCCUGCUGUAAAGGACAUGCUGGAAGCUGGUGUUCUAGAUACUUAUCUGGGAAAAUACUGGGCUAUCAAAUUGGCUACUAAUGCUGCAGUUACUGUACUUAGAGUUGAUCAGAUUAUAGUGGCAAAACUGGCAGGUGGACCCAAAGCUCCUAAACCACAAGGACACUGGGAUAAAGAUGGCUGGCAAGAUGAAGCUCAUGUAUAAAUAGCAAAUCAGAUCAUCAUGGCCAAACCAGCCGGUGGGCCCAAGCCUCCAAGUGGGAAGAAAGAUUGGGAUGAUGACCAACAUGAUUGACUGGCUUAAUUUUUACUAUAGAUGAACACAGCAUUUGUAGCAGUACUCUAGGAAUUACUGUUUUCUUACUCUCCUUAAAUUAAGAGUGUGCGUUUGUUUCCUCAGCUGAUGUAAUAAACAUUGUUACUGUUAAAGCCUCAA